UCAUGAGAGUGUCGAAUUUGGUUAACAAAAUUUGAAUGGCUUAUUUGAUACGUGAGGCUUAUUUAAAAUAAUAGAAAUGUCGUAAUACUUAGCUUAUUACGAGUUUACUGAUAUYAGUAGAACACGUGACAUCCCGGCAACUUUGAUUAAAAAAAAACACUUUAUAUCGGAAUCGUGCCCGUUUUCACACGCGCAUCUGUCCUCCCAUUGGCUAGAAUGGUUCCAACUGAUCUUGCCUACUCCCGACUGCCUUCUAUUUUAAAUACGUUUCUUUUCAUUGUUAGAGUGGCCACUUGAGUAUCUGGUCAACGAUGGAUCAUCUGUGGUAUCCAUCUGGGAAAAGGCUGUAUGGACACUCCUGACCUGCAAAUUGAUAUUUAAUUUCAGAAUCGGUUAAAAUUAGGUUACGGUAAGGGUUAAGGGUUUGGUUAAAGUAAGGGUCAGUUUUAGAUUUUAGUUAGUCGUUUGCAGGUCAGCAGUGUCCUUAGGUCUCUCCCAUAGAUCUGAGGAACAGAGAGGAGAGGGGCAGGAUUCUGAGGUGAGGUAGAGAGAGACAGAGAGAGGGGAGCCGAGGUUGAUCGCUACAACAAGACUCAACUCAGUCAGGACGGAAUAAGCUGCUAGAGACACACUGCGGGGUCUGGGAAGGAAAUCUGUCGCAGGGGACGAAAAAGGAGUGAAAGUGUUUCAGUUGCUGGAUGGACUUGUGUUUUAAUAUCGCAACUUAGUUUUCCCUUUUCCUCUCCUUUCCCUUCCACCGCCCUAACGGAUCGCAUUCCGCGGAGCAGCUGRGCUUUAAUGCCCCUGCGCAUUCUAGGAGGAGAAGGAGAGAAGAGCGAGGAAGAAGGAGAGCAGAGGGAGGGAGAAGGAGAGCAGAGGCCUGACUUCUCGGAAAUCGCUCCGCUGCCCCUCACGCCUCUCCCCCGUGGCUGUCUGUCCCCUCUUCCCUCCUGGCCCUGUAUGGACGGGGAUGGGGAGAGCCGGAUGUUGUUACCGCGGGGCUGAGCGCCUCGCAUCCCCACCGAGGGUGCCCCGCUUGCGGCCGUUGCUGGUGCUGCUCCUUGCUCUCUGCUACGGGGCUCACAGAGGUGGUCAUUGCCAGGUGGCCACCCCUCAGUGUCGUAUCCAGAAGUGCACCACAGACUUUGUGUCCCUGACGUCUCACCUGACCCCAGCGCUGGAUGGCUUUGACGUAGAAUUCUGUAAGGCUCUGAGGUCCUACAGCGCCUGCACCCACAGGACAGCCAAGUCCUGUAGGGGUAACCUGGUCUUCCACUCUGCUGUCCUGGGCAUCUCAGACCUCAUGACCCAGAGAAACUGCUCCCGUGACGGGCCCACCUCCUCCACACACCCCGAGAUGCAAUCAGAGCCCUGCAACUACCACAGCCGCACCCAGCACGCUCACACACACCCUCACACACACACUCACACGCCGCCAGUGUACCUGUUCUGCGGGCUGUUCGGGGACCCCCACCUGCGGACGUUUAAGGACAGCUUCCAGACCUGCAAGGUGGAGGGGGCGUGGCCACUUAUUGACAACGACUACUUGUCCGUGCAGGUGACCAACGUUCCAGUGGUGACGGGAUCCAGCGCCACGGCGACCAAUAAGAUCACCGUCAUAUUCAAGCCAUUUGAGGAGUGUACAGACCAGCGUGUGUACCAGGCAGUAACAGAUGACCUUCCCGCUGCCUUCGUAGACGGUACCGUGAGCAGCGGGGCCCCUGACCAUAACCUUAACGGAAAUAAUGGUGACUCUACCGGGAAGGUACAAGCGCUGUGGAUCUCGGAGCGUAGCCCCGGUCACCACGUGGAGCUGCAUGCCGGCUACAUCGGCGUGACGGUUAURGUACGGCAGCUGGGGCGCUACCUGACCCUGGCGGUGCGCAUCCCGGAGGAGAUGGCCCAUGCCUACGACGCUACGCAGGACCUGCAGCUCUGCCUGAACGGAUGUCCCACCUCGGAACGCAUCGACCGGGGGGGUCACCUGUCCCUGCCUCUCCCUCUACCACCUCCAGCCCUGGGCUUACAGCUCCAACAGCCACAUGGCCAGGGCCAGUCCUCACACACACACUCUCACACGGCUCCCUACAGCGCCCCCCAGGGGUUCAGUAUGGAGGGUGCGCGGGCACGCUGCAGGGAGCAGCUUGAGGUGCAGGAUAUUUAUUUCCACUCAUGUGUGUUUGACCUCCUGACCACCGGGGACGCUAACUUCACGGCAGCGGCGUUCAGCGCCCUGAAGGACAUGGAGAGUCUCCACCCCCAACGCGAGCGCUGGACGAUCUACCCACCCAGCUCAGCCCACACCUCUCAGCCUAUCACAUGGCUCCUACUGCUCACGCUCUGUGUGCUCGGAUAGGCACUGGUAUAGCGUGUGUGUUUGUGUAUGUGUGUGUGUGUGUGUGUGUGUUUGUGUAUGUGUGUGUUGGUAUAGAGCUCCUAGCUGAGCUGUAGGAUAAAGUUCCCUCUCGAUGCAGAUCUAAGUUCAGUUUUGAGUUUUCGCCCUAAUGGUUAUGAUUGGGGAGGGUAACCUAAGCUGAUCCUAGAUCUGUGUCUAGGAGAAACUUCUAACCAGAGCCCCUCUGGAGAUUUACCCUUUUCUUCUUCUUGACUGAACACCCGAGGCAUAUUACUGCCACAAAGGAGCUACAAGCCCCCAGGURCAAGCCCCCAGGUCCAAGCCCACAGGUCCAAGCCCCCAGGUCCAAGCCCCCAGGUCCAAGCCCCCAGGUCCAAGCCCACAGGUCCAAGCCCACAGGUCCCAAGCCCACAGGUGGAUUCUGAACAUUCCAUAUGACACUCUUGUACUUUUACCAACUCUGCUAUGUGGGAUCUAGCAGGCCUUGUGGAGAUUAUGACAAUCUAUAUGUGAGGAUAACACAUAUAAAGAAAGACCCAAAUAAACACUCCAACUUGUGUAUAUUGUAGAAAACACACUCCAGACUUAAAUAGUGUGUGUGAGUACCGUAUCCAGGAACGCUGAAUGGCGUUGAGUUUUGGUUGUUAUUUUGGCUUGAUUUUGUUGUGAUUGUUUUUUUAUACCUCAGACAAGGAAGUUGAUUUAACAGAAGCACUUUAUUUAUUUUUUGUUGCUAAAUCCACACCAGUGUUCCCCCUCUCCCCUCUCUACCCCACCCCCUCAACCUCUUCCCCUACAUGACAUAUUUCUCCCCACUGCCCCCCCCCCCCCCCCCACCACCACCAGCAGCCCAAGCUGUGGAUUUCAUCUGCCAUUUUCUUCACUCACAGUGCAAAUCUCAAAUUACACCUGAUUUCCUCAACAUGCACUUUCCACCAGAGGGACAUAGGGAAACAUAGGGCAUGGUCAAAUGUAGUGCAUUAUAUAGGGAAUAGGGAGCCAUUUGAGACAAUUAACCAGCUCACUAACACAGUGAGAUGGAACSUCUGUUUUAAAGCCGACAUUCCAAAGGCAGUUGAGUUGAUUUAGCCUCUGUCCUAUAGUAAAUACAUUUUUCUGUUGAAUGUAUUCUGUAUGGUACCAUAGUAGCUGUUAAGAACAGUUUCACACACCAUUACCGUUUAAUGUUUGGUUAUCAUUUACAUUUUACAGUAUGUCUGCAAAUACAGUUUGUGUGUGUGUAUGUGCUUGUGCGCAAGUUUGCGUGUGUUUUACCUGACUUGUCGUCUGAGGACUGAACAGUCAGUCAACCUCAGCAACUCUUUUUAUAAACAUAUUCCCUGUUUGUUCACACUGGUGUAAUGACUAUAACAUGCUCUGACUACGUUUAUUUUUACUUCCACAAAUUUCAGCUGGUGGUAACAAUCCAUUUACCAAYCAGCUUUGACUCUCAGCUUUUCUAUGUUGUGGUUUUCUCUUUCUAUGAGUGUUCAGUUUGCUUUCAAAGACAAACACAUACAGUGAUUCACCAUACAAGUUCGCCAGUUUUCAUAUAUUGGAACAUGGUGAUCACACAUCCCCUCCAAACCRAAACCGUAACCCUGCCCUGAACCCUUCCUACACAUCUGUAACUCUUAGUAAACUUGCUACUGUAGAUCGACUCUAUUUUGGGAUGCUCCCCAACUGGACACAUGGCUAGACUGUAGUAAACUGUAGACCAGGGUUGCACACUUUAGUUCCAGCCCAGCACUAACACACCUGAUUCAGCUACCCAAGAUAUUGAUGAUUGGUUGAUUAGUUAAACCAGGUAAGUUAUAGCUGCGCUGGAACAGAAGUCUGCACACAAUUCCCUACAGUAAUAGUGUUGCCUACAGGCUGUAGAUGGAGCACUGGGACUCCUACAGGCUGAGACGACAUCACACACUUACAGAUAAAUCUACAAUGCAGUGUCUGAUGGGAUAUACUGUACAUGCCUAUUGCGCUCAUAUACAAUUACAAAGCAGUAUCUGAUGGUAAAUUAAUGCRCAGUCUGCCUCUGGCAUUGUGAAUUAUUAAGUUGUGUUUGAGUGUCCGUGUGGUGAAGAGUGACUGCUCAAUGUUGAAAUAUYUAACUUAUUUAUAAACAUAGUGUCUGUUAGAGGAAGGUACACUUCAUAUUCUGGCUGUUUCAGAUGGGAUUGUACUGCCACCUAGUGGCGCUCCGUUGCUAUGUCAGUGUUUUACUCUUAAUGGAUGCACUAAAGAAAACUUUYGGAAAAAAAUUAAAUGUGUGCAAGUGUUUUAUUUAAAAAACAAUAAAUGAAAAAGAGACC